GGCAAAAUUUCAAAUAUGGUGAAGAAUGAAGAUUCAGGUAGCCCUAGCUGGAGUGCUUCACUCUUUAUGCAGACAAUAGAAGAUGUUGCAAGAGCUGUUGCUGCUGCAGCUGCUGCUGCCACUACUGUUCGUUCACCCCGACCAUAUGUGGUAUUCUCAUCAAAAGAUGACAACGGCAAUAGUCCACUACAUAAACUUCAACACCAAGUUUCUAGAGUACUAAAAGGCUUUUCACAGCCUCCUGAAGUGAAAAGUGGAACUUAUAACCCAGAAGUACUAACUAGCCAAAAGCGUCAAUGGGCAAGCGUCCAAUUGCAGUCCCUGGAUCAUAGGCCUUUAAAAGAGCCAUCAAGGCUUUUUGAGAGCAUGGUGGUUGUUGGACUUCAUCCUAAUUGUGAUAUUCAGGCACUUCAGAAGCAGUACUUUGGGAGAAAGUCUGAAGGUUCGGGUAAAUUUCGAAGUGCAUUCAGUGGUCAGCAUCAGUCUCGUGUAGAACCUAACCUUGAACCCCAGGUCUUAUUUGUUUAUCCUCCUGAAAAACAGCUGCCACUUAAGUAUGAGGAUCUUCUUUCAUUCUACUUUCCUGGAGGUGUGGAGGUUCAUGCUAUUGAAAAAACUUCUUCAAUGAGCGAGUUGAAUGAAAUACUUCUUGGGCAGGUGAUGAUGGGAAGCAGCAUGGAGAGCGAUUCAGAAUGA